UGGGGGCGGAGCACUGCGCGACCUGUCGACCUGGAAGGUCAGCAGCUUGUACUUUAGGGGCGGGAUCGAGAAGUCCUGGAAAUCACUCAGGUGGAACCCCAGCCUCCGUGCUCGAGCCCGGCUUGAGAAAGGCCUGUGGGGGCGAAUUCCAACUCCGCGGGCCCCUGGAGCGCAGGUUCUCUACCACUCUCACACCAUUUCCAUCACCACAGCAGCAUUUAAGAGAUUCUGAGGCUGCCUCUAACUUGAACAUACAGAAUCACAAAAUGAUAUUACAGGAAAGAGUUUCUAUUUCUGACUCUUUCGAAAGCUAAAAAAAAUAUUGGGCCUGAGAUGAGUGACUUGUCCAGGGUCACCCAGCACAGAACUAGGAGCAAAGCACAGUGCUGUUUACUUUGUCACAGGUUAUCCUUCACAAUCCUCUACACCUUUCUAAGAGCAGCAAAAAAUGAACACACUUAAGGCAUCAGUGUCAUUCAAGGACGUGGCUGUGGAGCUGACCCAGGAGGAGUGGCAGCACAUGGGCCCUGCUCAGAGGACCCUGUACAGAGACGUGAUGUUGGAGAACUACAGCCACCUCGUUUCAGUGGGGUACUGCAUUUUCAAACCAGAAGUGAUCUUCAAGUUGGAACAAGGAGAACAGCCUUGGUUCUUAGAGCAAGAAUUCUCCAACCAGAGCUACCCAGAAGAUUACAAUAUCAAGAGGAACAAGAAAAUCAAAGAUAAACACUUGCAGCAGUUAAUAUUUAUCAAUAAUAAAACAUUGACUAGAAAGGAAGAAAAAGUUUUGGAAGAACCAUUUAAUCUGCACAUGGCUCCUGUUUCUUCAACAAAAAUUCCCUGUAAAUGUGACUCCUGGGGAAUGAACUUGCAAAAUAUAUCUGAAUUUAUUGUCAAUAAUAGGAACUAUUCAGCAAAGAAAGCUGCAUGUGAGAGUUUGCCUUUCCAUAUUAAGUUUGAGAGAACUCAUAUUAGAGAGAAAAAUUAUGAAUAUAAUAAAAACUUGAAAUGUCUCACUUAUAAAGAAGAUCUUCCCAAGCAUCAAAGGUUUCAGGCUUUGGAACAAGGUUUUGAAUGUAAUAAAUUUGGAAAAGCCUUCUAUGAUAAGGCUGACUCUAUUACACAUAAGAGUUGUUACACAAGAGAGAAAUCCUGUAAAGAUGAUGGAUUUAGGGUAAGCUGUGAUAAGACAACUGUAUUUGAUCACAGGAGAACUGGCACAGGGGAGAAACACUGUACUUUUAACCAGUGUGGGAAAUCCUUCUGUGAGAAGCCAUCUGCUGUGAAAUACUGUGAAUGUAAUGAGAGUGGAAAUAGUUUCAGCAGGAAUUCACACUUCACUCCACUUCAGAGAACUGUUACAGGAGAGAAUCCAUUUGUACAUAGUGACAGAACACAAACUAGGGAUAAAUUCUUUGCAUAUAAUAAAAAUGGGAAAUCCUGCCCAACAUUAGCCCACAAAGUACGCCAGCGAACUCACUCAGAGGUAAAGUCCUAUAAAUGUGAUGAAUGUGGGAAAUCUUUCUGUCAAAAAGGACAUCUCAUUCAGCAUCAGAGAACUCAUACAGGAGAGAAACCAUUUGAAUGUAAUGAAUGCGGGAAAACUUUCUCCCAGAAGUCACACCUCAGUACACAUCAGCGAAUUCACACAGCAGAAAAACCCUAUAAAUGUAAUGAAUGUGGGAAAACUUUUGUCCAGAAGUCAACCCUUAGGGGACAUCAGAGAAUUCACACAGGGGAGAAACCUUAUGAAUGUUGUGAAUGUGGGAAAACUUUUGUUCAGAAGUCAACCCUCAGAGAUCAUCAUAGAAUUCACACAGGAGAGAAAUCCUUUCAAUGUAAUGAAUGUGGGAAAACUUUUGGCCAGAAAUCAAAUCUUAGAAUACAUCAGAGAACUCACAGUGGGGAGAAAUCUUAUCAAUGUAAUGAAUGUGAAAAAUCCUUUUGGCGAAAAGACCAUCUCAUUCAACACCAGAAAACUCACACAGGAGAGAAACCAUUUAAAUGUAAUGAAUGUGGGAAGACUUUUGCCCGGACAUCAACCCUGAGAGUACAUCAGAGAAUUCACACAGGAGAGAAACCAUUUAAAUGUAAUGAAUGUGGGAAGAAUUUUGUCCGGAAGGCAAUCCUUAGUGAUCAUCAGAGAAUUCAUACAGGGGAGAAGCCCUUUCAAUGUAAUAAAUGUGGGAAAACUUUUGGCCAGAAGUCAAACCUCAGAAUACAUCAGAGAACUCACAAUGGGGAGAAAUCUUACAUGGAUGUAAUGAGUAUGGAAAACAAUAGAAGUGGAUCCUAAAUGUAUGCCAGGGAAUUCAGGGAAGGUUGAACCCCUAUUGAUGUAAUAAAUGUGGAAAAUCCUUUUGGCAAAAUGUCCACCUCAUUUGACAUCAGAAAACUCAAAUAGAGGAGAAUGGACCGAAUAUAGGAAAACUAUCCUAGAAGUGAAUGUUUGCAACAGAUGAGAAAAUUCACACAGUAGAGAAACCCUACGAAUAUAAUGUAUAGAAAGAAUUCUGUCUAAAGGGAAACCCUUAAGUGUAUAUCAGGGAAUUCACACAGCUUCUAUUUCAAGGUACUAUGGAAAGUCCUCUAAAUAAAGUCAUGUGCUAUUCAGUAAC